AUCAGAUUGAUGUGGAGACAAAAUGGCCAAGGGGAGCUUUAUGCUUAUAUACCAAAAGAUAGGCAAUCUGAAUCUCUCUGUCAACAAAUGAAUGUCAUUUGUAACGCUGAGUACGGCUAUAGUUUUGGACGUGGCUCAUUUUCAUGGAAGACAAAAGCUUGGAAUACCAUCACACAGACUAUUCGUUUGAACACCGUUGGCAAGCGGGAUGGAAUGGUGGCACUCGAGCUUGAUGGGAGGACAGUAUAUGAAAUGAAUUCACUCUUAUACCGAGACUUCAACUUUACCGCUGCUGGCAUAGGUGAGCCUUCGUUUCUCCGAGUUCUCCGCUUGGGUUUAUUUUAA